AUGGGCCUGUGGGCCCUGGGCACUGCCUUUCCAGAUAGCCGGAAGAAUUCCUUGGCUGAGAGUGAGCUGAGGGCUGGCCACCAUGAUGGGGGCAGGGAAGGAGAAGGGAACAUGGUUGGAUCAGGCACGGUGUCCAGCCUAUUUGAGGAAAUCACAAGAGCUGUGGUCCAAGAAAUGGAUGCUGGAGGGGAGAUGAUUGCUGUCAGAAGCAUCCUUGACGCUGACAGAUUUCACUGCUUCUCUCUGGUGAGCGGGAGGAAAUUUCUGGGAUGCCAGUACUGCAGGACAGACCUCACCCUAGAGGACAUACUAGAGACAGAGGAGGGUGAAGGGCUGUUUAAUAGGCUGGAUUCUGGGCUCCAUGGUCAAAAGGCUGAGUUCCAAGUUCUGGACGUGGUAGACUCAAAGGGAAUGUUGACAGUGAAAUUAUUCAAAGAAGUAACAAUUGCAGGGGCCUUCCAUGGGUCCCACAAGCAGAGAAUGAAGACAUUGGAGACCUGGAUACCUCAACAGUAUUUAGAUUCCCUUGAGAACAGCUUAGAUAUUUGUUUCUUGGAUAACACAAAAUCCUUUCCAGAAGGGAAAUCCUGGAAUUUGGAGGAUUUCAGAAACAUGAAGGAGAAGGUGCAGGACAUGGUGAGAGGCCUCUAGGAUCUGACUGAGGAGGAAUAAAAAGAUGUGCUAAGCUGCCUCCCUAAGCACCACAACGAGAAUGGGCAGCAACAGAAUCUAGAACAAAGGGUGUCUGAGGUCCUGAUCUCUGGUGACCGUCACAUGGAGGGUCUAGCAGGUCCUCUCAUAAGUAGCCUUUUAAAUGCUGCUGGGGUCUUGGUAAAAGCACGUACAGAAUCUGUUCUGGAUGUCCUGGAUGCCUUAAUUGAGAUGUCUGAGGAGCAUCAUCUUGUAGCUGAGGCCCUGGAAAAGGGGACCCUGUCCCUAUUGAAAGACCAGGUGGAGUCUGUCCUGGAGCAGAACUGGGGUGAGCAGCCCCAUGAUGUGGGUGGUGACCCUGAUGCAAGACUGCUCCGUACCCUUGUUGCUGUCCCCGUCCUGCUACAGUUGGCUGAGAAGCCGACCUUAGUGUCUUCCUAACUAUAUGUUAGCCCUUAAAUCAUUCUGGGGCUCCCCGCCCAGGCCAUCCUUUCCCUCUGUACCCGCACCCACUAGAAUGAUGUCUUUAUAACAAACAGCUGACUUUUCUUUGAUACAUCCCAAAUAAUGCCCCCAAAUCAGCCUGCAUUAUAUGCCUGGACUUAUAAGAGUGGCAGAUUGGUCAUAUUAAUUUUCUCUCCUUCUUGACAUGUUACUAAAUUAAAGUAAAACAGUAGAACCCACAAUGUGUAAACCCACAAUGAUAAAGAGAACAAGGCAGCAGAUAAAGAGAUUCUGACACAGCUUUGGAAACUAGCAGGUUAUUAAAGGAGUUCAAGCCAGGAGGUGUGGGCCUGAGAUGUGUGGGAAGUGUAGGAGGAGACUGCUCUUCUUUCAUUUUGAGACUUUUCUCUUUAAUAUUUUUAAGAC